CGGCAGUCAUCGUGCAGAAAGCAGCAUGGUUGUCUCGUCUCUCAGGAUCGCCGCGCUGUCAUCCUCGCCUUUAUGCCUUCCCUGUUCAAAGUCCUGGGGUGUUUUUUGAUAAGAAUGGAUCCCGUGUACGAGACCCCCGAGUUCACCUACGAGAACCAGUCGCCAGGUAUUUAUGACGCGACAUACGAGACGCCUUCUGAGGUGAUGGCGGAGUACGAAAACAUCGAAAGAGCCAGAGAAGCACCAGCUCCCCCUUCUCUACCUCCACCUCGCCCUCCAUCAGAUCAGAGGAGAGGCAGUUCCUCCUCUUCCUCCUCUUCCUCCUCAUCCUCAUCUUCCUCACAUUCUGGCGAUGAAGAGACAGGGGAAGGAAAAGGGAAAAAGGAGGAGGAAUCGGAGAAAGAAGAGGUGGAGGAGAGCAACAUGGAGCUGAAUUUGGAGAGGAGAUCUCCAGAAGAAGCGAAGAAGGCGAACUCAUCACGCAGAUCCUCAUCUUCCUCAUCUUCCUCAUCAUCAUCUUCAUCUGCCUCUGAGAAGGAGGAACCCAAGGUGAAGCCAGAGCCUGAAAAGGAUGGACCUACAAUACAACUUUAUGUUAAGUCAAGAGCUGUGCACCCUGGGGUGACUCUUCUCUUCCAGUGA